AUGGACAAAAAUUUGAUUGCUGAAAAACUCAUGAAAAGUGUCAUUAUUCCAGGUGAGUACUGUAGGACUUUGGGGCUGUUGAUCAUUUCCAUGUUUUAUUAUAGAUACUUAAGAAAUUUGAAACUUCAAGAUUUUUUUUUUGAUUUUUCAGUACUGUAAAUCAAUUUUUCAAAGUUUCUUUUAAAGGAGCAUACAUAUACUUUGUCUAAAAAUUAAAGUAGCAUAGAAAUUUUCACUGACUUCAGGUACUGUGAUUAUUUUAAAAAUACAUGAUUAAGUUAACUAGAAAAAUUUUAAUACAAACCUCAUCGGCAAUUUUUAAAUUUAGAAGUACUGUCUGUGGUUCAAAAGUUCAAAGAGCAUUUUAUAAAACUGUAGGAAGAUGAACCAGAUUAUUGUAGAAUUUCAAAGGAACAUAACACUUUAAUACUUUACUUGGAGUGUUCAGGGAACAUUAUAUUUCAUUUUUUUUGUUGAGAAAUUGUAGAUUCCUUAAAGUACUGUAGCCUGCCCUUUCCAAAAAAUGUGUCCUUUUGUUUUCCAAACAAACAAUUUUCACAAGAAAAGUGAGAAAAUUUCAGAUCAAAUUUCCUAUGUGGAAAAAAGAAAACAAAAAAAGUUUUGAUUUGAAAAAUCUUUUUUUUUUGUCCGCUUUUGACACGAGUAUCAAAUUUUUGUUGGUUUUUUUUUCGAAUUUGCAUCUGGAUCCCGAAAGAAAAUAGAGAAAGAGAAAUUAAAUUGUGAUAAAUUUUCCAGCUGGAAAAAAUUGUGCCACUUUUUUUUCAAUUCUCAGAACCAGCGCAAAAGCAAAAAAUUCUGAAAUCCAAAUUCAACAUUUCUUCUGAAAAUCCAUAAGUUUGGAAUCUCAGAUAUUUUUUGAACUUCAAAAAAACCUAGUUCAGAAAAUCCAUGCCCUGGAUUUUCCGCUGAAAAUUCCUCUUUCAAAAACAAUGGUCCACUCUCAAAAAAUUCCAAGCUUUUUCUGUCAUCAUCUCAUAAAAUGAUUUGUUGUGUGCUCGUUGAAAAGUCACGCAAUUUUCAUCGGAAAAUGUAAUUAGGUCCCCAUCUUCCCCCCAAAAUCCAUUUGUUCGUGUGCGGCACACAAAAAUGGGCGGAGCUUAGGCUAAUUUUUAGUGUUCUGAACGAGAAGCGUUCCUUCUUAUAGCUUUUGUCUGAAAAAAAAGAAAAAAUAUUCAAUUUCCUCGCCUCUUUUUUCUGCUGGUGUAAAAUAAAAAUGUGUGAGUUUUUCUGAAUUUGACAGAAAACGAUUUUUAAAAUUCGAAAAAAAUAAUUAGAAUUUUGAAAAUUCUGAAUUACAGACUACGAAAUGUAUAAGAUUCAUCGUCAAGGUCAACAACAACAAAAUGGUGAAAAAGAGGCAAAUAAUAACAAAAAAUCGGUUAGUUUUGGGGUUUUUGGCUUCAAAUUUUUUUUGAAUAUUUAAAUAUUCAUGUGGAUUUUUGGCAACAAAUUUUUGAGUUUUAAUAUUUUCUUUAAAGUAAGAUUUGAUGCUCCAACAAUGAUCUGCAUUUUGAACUUCUAUUUUUUUCUGAAUUUCAAAAAUAAUAAAUCAUUGACCUUUUUUCCAAAUAUGAAUGACUCUUCUCAAUUUAUUCAAGUCUCAAAUUUCAGUCCGAAAAAUCUUCAUUUUCCAUUUUUUCGCUGUCUCCCUUUUUAAAAAUAUUCUGAACUUUCUAUUUUAUUCUAAAUUUUUAUUCUGGUUUGAAUUUUUAUGAAUGCUUUCUACGAACCGCCGCCAACAAAAAAUAAACGAGUUCGAUUUGCGGAUAAAGUUUCGGAUAAGGUUGGCAAAAAAUUCAACUAAUUUUUGAAUGAAUCUGACUUUUUUUUAAUUCCAAACAUUUUCAUGAAACUCUGAAACAGCUGAAUCUUGUCAAGGAUCAGCACCUAGAAACCGUAGUUCUCAAGUAGUCGAUACUUCAAAACUUCUAUACCAAGUAGAAGAUCAAGGUCUCAACUAACCGCGCCUAGAAAUCCACUCUGUCAAGUAGCCAAUCCUAGAAAUCCUAGUUCUCAAGUAACCGCGCCUAGAAAUCCAAGCUGGCAAGGAUCCGCGCCGAAGACCAAAAAAUUUUGAAGACCAAAAAAUUCAGUUCCUUUUUCUCCCAAAAACAACCCAAAAUUUUCAGAAAUCGAAAAACGUCAAUGAUGAAAACGACGAAAAAUGCAAAGUCAAGGUAACCAAAUUUUCACCAAAAAUUAGUUUUUCACCAACAAAAUCCGAAUUUUUUGCAGAUUCAAGAAGAUCAAGAUCAAGACGACAUCGAAAAACAACAACAAAAAUCGGAGCGAAAAAAACGAACACAAGAGGAUAUGGUGGCGGAUUUUGUGAAAAUUUUAGAGCAAAUGAGUUAGUCCUUUUAAAAACUACAGUACUUUUUUCUAUUUUUCCAGUGAAUCCACGUCAAGCUGUCACUUCAAUUAUAUCAGCUGCAAUGGGAAUUGCAGCAAUUACCGUAUCUUUGAUCUAUUUUGGGAAUUUGCCCCCAACUGCUUUGAAUGCUAAACAACUUGUUGUUAUUUUGGCGGUGUAUGGUAGGCCAAAUUUUUAAAAUUUGGGGAAUUUUUGAGUUUUUGAUCAAAUCUCUGAUCUGAAAAUCAAUCUUAUUUUGUCUCAAUAAAUUCCUAAUAUUUUUCAAAAUUCUGUUGAAAAAAACUUUUUUUUCGAAACUUAAAAAAUUUGGGAAUUUUUUGAAAUGCGAUAAAUCUUUUUUUCUGAAAAUUGAUCUACAAAAUUUACAUGAAAAGUUUGUAAGCCACCAAACAAUUGAGAAAAUAAUCUCAAAUCUUCAAAACUCCAUCGCUCAAAAUCCCAUGUUCCAGGAAUUCUACAAAUCGUGUUAGCCACCGCAUUUUUCAUAACUUGUAUGCAAACAACAAUUGCUGUUUCAAAAGGUGUCAAAGAUGCUCUUCAGAUUGUUGUUGGCCUUUUGGUGGCUCUUAUUUAUGUCGCUGUUACACUCAUUUCAUUGGCUGUUGGUAUUUUUGGUAAGUUUCAAAGUUGGGAGAUACAGAAAAAUCAGGGAGUUUCUCGGCGGCUCUCCAUUUUACAUGCUCUUUAAAAAAUUUACAUUUUUCUGGAGCUUUACCUUAAGGCACUAAUAUGAGCAAUCCCAAGUAUUCAUGUAUAAAAUAUGACUCAUGAUGUUUGAAAAUUUAAUUGCUCAUAUCAAUUUUCAUUCGAUUUUGAAACUGGAAACAAACUGUUUCAAAAUUUAUACAAUUUCCAGAAGACUAUUUUUAAGUUAAUUACUUUUUGCUUCCACUCUAAGUUUCUCUGCGUCUCUAACUUCCAAAAAAAUUCUAGGCUUCUACAAAACCCUGUGCAUCGUUUCAUUCGUUGAAUACACGGACAUUCAUUCCGAAAUGUAUUGCCCAAUCACAGUGUUCUACACAAGUUUAAUCGUUUUCAUCCUUCAUAUCGUUCUAAUUGUCGCCAAAUGUUGUUGUUGUAAAUGA